AUGAGCCAUAUAGACCGGCGCGGCACCCGCCGGCAGGGUCGUCCGUUGAAAGACUACAGCCGGGCAUACAAAGCGUGUAUUCCUUGUCGGAAGACCAAAGCAAGAUGCGAGCUCGCUGCGGACUCGGAGCCUUGCAUCAAGUGUAAAAGGGAACUGAAAGAAUGUGUAUUCACGGCUGAACGGUCGACAAAAAGACGCGCAACGGCAGACGUUCGAGGAAAGACGCCUCAAGCCGCACCAGUCCUAGCGGAUACUACCAGGAAUCCGGACUGCACACUGGAUCUUGUGCAUUCGUCAGAGCAAACCCAGGAGAAACCUCAAAGAGUCGAACUCCCGACUUGCUCGGCACCCCCACGUGCGCUAGAAGCACGUAUAAACGCAGAUUUCGAUAAUGAGGUCAUGGAAACGGUAGUUUCCUGUUCCAAGGAUGCGCUGGGCCUAUUAUUCAAAGCUGCCGAGCAACAGGAUGUUGACGAGCUGGAGGCGGAUCGCCAGGUUCACAGUCCUGUCACCCCUCUGACAAACCCUUCCACUGUAAAUUUCAACCCAUCUCCACCAGUCAGGCUAUCGGAGCCGUCACAAGAAGUCAUUGAGCUUUGGAGUCGGCAUCGCUUCGUAAGGCAAGGGUGGUUCAGUGCCCAGGAGGCAGUGACAUAUAUUGACCUGUAA